AUUCAGCACACGGCUUUACUGCAUUAUAACAGCAAAAAAAUGUGGAUUCUUAUAACAGUUGUACUACUCAAUGUGUGGACCAUUCCGGCAGAAAAUGUACUCACACCGAACAUAAACAUCCUUGAAGAAUUAAACAAAAUAAUGGAUUUGGAAAAAAGGAUGAAAUCAAUGGAGACAGAAAUGGAGCGACUAAAAACCGAGAAGGAAGUUCCUAAACUUGCUUUCUCAGCCUCUCUGUUGACCACUUUUGGACCUCAAAGCGUCGGACCUUUUUAUAACGGUUUCCACACUCUCCUUUACAAACACGUCUUCCUCAAUUUUGGAAGUGCCUAUGAUCCAAACACAGGAAUUUUUACAGCACCUGUGAAGGGAGUCUACGUGUUCACGGUUUUCUCAAAGGCUAUUGGAAAUCACGAGAGAGCCGUUACCGCUGGCCUGUUUAAAAAUGACCAGCAUAUUGUUUCUACACAUGGACAUCAAGCAGAUGGUUUCAUCAGCUCUUCAAACGGAGUCUCUCUGCUGCUAGAUGAAGGGGAUAAAAUGAAAGUCAAUCUCUAUCCUGGACAAUGGAUUUUCGACAAUGGAGAACACCAUCACAGCACAUUCAGUGGACAUCUGCUAUUUGCCAUGUGA